AGUAGUAAAAGUCUAGGAGAGAAUAAACACAAAGCAUCCCACACAAAACGAAGCGCAUGUUAAGACGGGCCAUCUAGGAAGGUGCCAUGCCAUAGAAUUGCACAAAUAAAACUCACUUCCGAGUCUCUGGGUCAAAAUUUACAAUUUCUUCACGUCUUUACUAUUUUUUGUUACUCCACUUCUCCAACCUUUUCUUUUUCAUAAACUUCUACAAGUAUAUACAGUAGUAAAUUUUCAGAAAUAUUUUUCAAUUCAAUUUCUCGUUUGUUUGAACUUUGUAAAAUCUUUGACAUUUAAAAUUUUCAAUCUUGAAGGAAUUGAAAAUGGCUCUGUUUGUUGGGUCAGUGUUCUUGUUUGCUUCUUUGCUGUUUCUGAGUAGAGACAUUCUUGCUAUUUCUGGAGAUUGUGAUCCUAUUUACAAAAUUUGUGUAGAACAAUGUCAGAAGUCUGGAUGCAUUCAGAAUAAAUGCUUCAACAACUGUGGAGUCUCCCCGGACAAUAAACCUGCUAAAGGCCCAUGGUAUCUCCAAGAACCACUUUAUCUCCGGUGGAAAGAGUGGGACUGUCGCAGUGAUUGCAGGUACCAUUGUAUGCUUUCAAGGGAGGAAGAGAGAGCAAAACUUGGAGACAAACCCAUCAAAUAUCAUAAUAAGUGGCCAUUUCACCGUGUUUUUGGCAUUCAGGAACCUGUUUCUGUCGCUCUCUCGCUGCUUAAUCUUGGCCUAAUAUUUCAUGGGUGGGUGUCAUUCUUUAUCCUUCUAUACUACAAGUUGCCUUUGAAGCCAAAUGGGAAGUGUUAUUACGAAUACACUGGUUUAUGGCUUGUGUAUGCGAUCUUAUCCAUGAACUCCUGGUUUUGGAGUGCUGUUUUCCAUGGCAGAUACGUGGAAUUAACAGAGAACUUGUACUAUUCUUCAAGAGUGGCACUUCUUGGGUUUUCACUCAUUAUAUCCAUAAUUCGAUCUCUAGAUGUUACAGUUGAGGCUGCCAGAGUGAUGGUUGCUGCUCCACUUAUUGCAUUUGUGACUACUCACAUACUCUUUAUCAACCUGGUAGAACUUGAUUAUGGCCUAAACAUGGUGGUCAGUGGCGGUUCUGGGCCGGAGCAAGGUGGUCGACGGAUAAGUUUGGCAUAAUAUCUUAAAAUUGUAGUUGGUGUAGUGGUUAGAGCAAUUGUCUUGUGUAUCCAAGGUCUUGGGUUCAAGACAUGCAUCAAUCAAUUAUCUAAAUUUUUGGGUAGCUGACAGCUGGCUUGAUACAUUGAAUGUAGACAUGUAUUCAAUAGUCUCAGAAACUCCGCCCAAAAAAAUCUGAUUUCCUUUUUCGGUUUUUCCCCAAAAAUUUUCAAUCUAUUAUUUCAAUUCCAAAAAAAACUCUACAUCUUCUAAACUUUAUAUUUUUCAUUUACUUUCUUUUUUUAUCUUCUUCAUAAUCUACAAAUAUUCAAUUAAUUUUCAAAAUUUUCAUCUCCCAAAAUUAAUUUUCCCAAUAUUAGUUCAUAUUUCAACGGUUAAAUCUUCAAUUUGAAGAUGAAAUUAAUUAUUAAACCGUUGUUAAUCUCCCCAUUUUUCCUAUAUAUAAAUUUUAUUUACUCUUUCAAAUUUAAGGUCCCAUUUUAAAAAGUUGAACAAGACCCCAUAAAUAAUUUGCAAUUUUAGCCCCGGCACUGAUGGUGGUGAUGGUUGUAAUAGCUACAGCCCAGCUCCUUUUCUGGGCAAUCUGUGCCAUUCGUUCCCAUCAGCCAUCACGCUGGAAGCUGUUGGUCGUGGUUGUCGGGGGAGGCGUUUCGUUACUUCUGGAGAUAAUCGACUUUUCUCCAUACAAGGGGUUUAUCGAUGCACAUGCCUUCUGGAAAGCCAUUUCUGUACCCCUCACUUACAUCUUGUGGAGCUUCGUCUGUGAUGAUGCUGAGUUCACUACAUCUACUCUGAUCAAGAAAGCAAAAUAGCAUCACCUAGCCAAAUAUCACAGUAUGUUUUCGCGGCAAAAAUCCUUGUACAUUUCAUUCGUUCUUUGUUCAUUCUUUUGACAUUACUCCAGAUUUUAUACUCAAGGGUAAUACUGAAAUACUACUGUCAAACUGAACUGCUCGCUGCUGGCUUGCUGGCUAUAAAAGCUAAAUUAGCAUAGCCUUCCACUUCAGGCACUACAUUUUGUGGAUUUUGAUUUUUGACCGAAGUUUGUCAUGUUAGCA